UAACUUUGCAGGCCCCCGCACAGAGUUUGCCGCCACCUGCUACGCGCCGACCGUUUGCGCAGUUCGCGGCAGUUGACAGGCAGUGCGUCAUCGCUUGCUGGACGUGCGUUUUCAAAAUGGCUUCCCAGCGUCGCUAUUCUAACCCACGCUCGAUGUGUGCCGUGGAAAAUGGAACGCGGGGUGUCGAACAAGCGUUGCGUGCCGGACUGUUCACGAGGUGAAGAAGCUGCAGCUACUACCAGCCCCGAAAUACGAGACCAUUUGAAACGAGUGUAUCCGCGGCCUUCAUCCGGGCUUAUGCCUGCGUCGUACACGAAGGUACGGACGGCGUCGGCCCGGUGCGGCGGCGUCGGGCCCGGCCAGUGCGCAUGUGCCCGCGGCCGAGCGGCACGCAAGCCGAGCUCAAGGAGUCGAGCGCCAGCCGCGCACGGACCCGGUAGCCGGCCGCUGCCGCCGCGACUCCGGUGGGCCAUGCGACCCAGCGCCGGUCAGCUGAUCGCCGCCGGCGUCCCGGCUCGUCGGGCGGCCUGAGGCGGCUCGCACUCCCAAGUUACGCCCACUUGCCUUCGCUUCCGAUGAUAGCUUUCGCUGCUGGUGAUACUCCAAGCAUCACGUGAUGGCCCAGACGGCGGCGCGGGGAGCACUGACUUGCAGUUUCGAUUGUGCCACGUGUCGCGAGCUGAUGCUGCGGGGCGCUCCGGAGACGGACGACGUCUUCAACUGUCCGCAUCUCAGCGCUCAAUGCACACCCGGGUACAAAGCACGCUCUGGCACAGGAUCGAAAAGCAUGAUCAACUCGCAUACUCUGAAAGACCGGUGUGGGCACGGGGACGGCGACGAUCUUUCACGGCUCAUGGACCGCUGCUGGACGAGCAGCCCCACAAGAAGGCCCGACUUCCGGGAGCUUAAGGACGUCAUACGGAGGCUAAACAAUCUUCCGUGCAGCGCGAGCGAGGCGCUGCUAGAGGCGCUGGUGGGCCGGCUGGAGCAGUACGCUAGCAGCCUCGAGUCCCUGGUCGAGGAGCGCACCGCCGACUACCUCGAACAAAAGCGGAAGGCCGAGGACCUUCUCUACCAGCUGCUGCCCAAGCCGGUGGCCAGCCAGCUGAUCAAGGGCGACGCUGUGACGGCGGAGUCCUUCGAAAGCGUCACGAUCUACUUCAGCGACAUUGUGGGCUUUACCACCCUUUCUGCGCAGAGCACGCCAAUGCAGGUGGUAAACCUGCUGAACGACCUAUACACGUGCUUCGACUCCAUCAUCGAGGAGUUCGACGUAUACAAGGUGGAGACCAUCGGCGACGCGUACAUGGUGGUGUCGGGAAUCCCGGUGCCCAACGGUGACCUGCACGCGCGAGAGAUCGCGCGCAUGUCCCUCGCCCUCCUGAACAACGUGCGCUCCUUCACCAUCCACCACCGGCCUCACGAGCAGCUACGUCUUCGCAUCGGCUUGCACACAGGACCCUGCGUGGCAGGUGUGGUCGGACUCAAGAUGCCUCGGUACUGCCUUUUCGGGGACACGGUCAACACCGCCUCGCGGAUGGAGUCUUCGGGAAUGGCGUUGAAGAUCCACGUAAGCUCGGCGACAAAGUCAGUGCUGGACACUUUCAAGACAUUUCGGCUGGAGCUUCGCGGAGAAAUAGAACUCAAGGGCAAAGGAAUGGAGACGACGUACUUCCUGUUGGGCGAAGACCCGGCACCUACACGGACGCUGGAGCCAGGACCAAAGAUUAGGUGCGGCCAGGCCGGACAGCGGCAAGGUUCCUGAGAAACAACCCCCGGCGGUGGCGUGUUUGUAGACACUAACUGGAUGCGCAAGAGUCUUAUCGUUCAUCUCCAACUCUUCGAGAUACUUCCGGACUUCCAGCGCUGUGCUUACUUUUUUUUUUCUGCGCACUUUUUUCUGGCCCGUGCCCGCGCGCAACGUUCUGUUACGUUAGCGACAGCAUCAGCACUUCCACCAUGUCUAUAGUGAAGAACAAUCCCAACAUGUGCCGCCUGUAAGUUCGGGUGACAUGGGUGAGUAUCACAGCCGCGAUAAGUCAGAGGAAAUGAAAUAUUGUCUCUUA